AAAACUAUGGCUAUUCGCAACUUAAAACAUUCCCAUUUUCAAUUUCCAGGCCUUUACUUUGGGGCCUUUAGAUUAAUCACAUUCAUGUCCUUUAUUCACUCAGCAAACACACUAUCUUUUGACCUUCACAGUUUCAAUAACAGGGAUCUGCUAUUCCAAGGAGAUGCUCUGCUCACUGACCAGGUUAUUCACCUAAGCGGCCAAGCCUUGUACAGAAAACAAAUGCAUUUAUGGGACAAGGCUACUGGAAAGCUUACUGAUUUUGAAACUCUAUUCACUUUCUCUAUCAACUCUGACAAUGGGCAUCUUCAGCGUGAUGGGCUCUCAUUUUUUCUCGUUCCAAAUGAUUCUAGCAUCCCUUCUAAUUCAAAUGGUGGUGAUCCAAUCGAGAAAACGGGAACCCAGUUUGUUGCUGUGGAGUUUGACCCACGUACAGAGCAUGUGGGGAUAUAUAUAAACUCCUUUCAGCCUGUAAAGGGCGUGGAAUGGCAUUGCACUGAGAAGGAAAAUUUUAGUGCAGUGGUUAAUUACUGCGCUGCUAAGAAACUUUUGUGUGUGUUGUUGAUUGAUCAUGUUGAUAAUAAUACAUUGACAGGAAAUUCAACACUUUGCAAGGUAGUUGAUCUCAGAGAGUAUCUACCAGAAUGGGUCAGUGUUGGCUUCUCAGCUUCUAGCAGAGAGUUAAGCCAGACAUAUACCAUUUUCUCAUGGAAAUUCUAUUCAUCAAGCAUAGAAGAUACACUUGACAAAAAGAAAAUGAAGACAAAGUGGGUUUUGGGAUCAGCCAUUGGAGCUUGUGCUGUUUGUGCUGCUUGUGUUUCAACUAUUGGAUUCAUUCUGCUGCGGUUGAAGCCGCAAAGGACGACAGAGAGCAGAGAAAGCCAAAGCCAAAGCCAAAAUGACGAUGCGAUCGUCGAUUUUUCCAUCGAAACUGAACUUGAAAGGGGAUCAGGGCCGAAAAGGUUCAAUUAUAGUGAGCUGGAACAGGCAACGAAUCGCUUUGAUGAGCAUGGGAAGCUCGGUCAGGGAGGAUUCGGCAGUGUUUAUAGUGGAUUCUUAACUGAUUUCAAUCAAAUUGUGGCUGUUAAGAGAUUUUCUAAAGGGUCAAAGCAGGGCAGAAAAGAGUACAAGUCAGAAGUGAAGAUAAUUAGCAGUUUAAGACAUAAAAAUUUAGUCCAACUUAUAGGCUGGUGCCAUGAAAGAGGCGAACUUCUUCUAGCCUACGAGUUCAUGCCUAAUGGUAGCCUUGAUUCUCAUCUCUUCAGGGGAAAAAGCGUGCUCUUGUGGGGAGUUAGAUACAAGAUAGCUCUUGGUUUGGCCUCUGCACUGCUCUACCUGCACGAAGAAUGGGAGCAGUGCGUGGUGCACAGGGAUAUCAAGUCUAGCAAUGUAAUGCUGGAUACAAAUUUUAAGGCAAAGCUUGGUGACUUUGGCCUAGCAAGGCUAAUAGAUCACGAGCUAGGCCCCAAGACCACAGGACCUGCAGGUACUAUGGGCUACAUAGCACCAGAGUAUAUUAGCACUGGCAAAGCCAGUAAAGAAUCAGAUAUGUACAGUUUUGGGAUUGUUGCGCUGGAAAUUGCUUGUGGUAGAAGAGCAAUUGAGCCUGACAUAGAUGAAUCACAGGUUAGAUUGGUAGCAUGGGUUUGGGAGCUGUAUGGAAAUGGAAAUCUCCUUGAUGCAGUGGACCAGAAACUCUGUGGAGCGAUCGAUGUAAAACAAAUGGAGCGAUUGUUGAUUGUUGGGUUGUGGUGUGCUCAUCCUGAUCACAACCUGAGACCCUCCAUAAGGCAGGCUGCUCAGGUGCUUAAUUUUGAGGCUGGAGUUCCUGAUCUUCCAAUGAAGAUGCCUGUUGCCAUGUAUCAAGUUCCUGAUUACGCCUCAACUAGUUCUUCUACAAAAGCCUUAAUGACUUUUACUAGUUUUAAUGUUGGUCGUUAAGUCAUUUAAUUCUUUAAUUUUAUUAAAGUUUCGGAAUUGUAUUUUAUUUUUCCGAAACUUUGAUUUUUAUUUAUCCAUAUUUUUAACUGUUUUAAUAUCACAUAUUCAACAGAAAAUUACAGGUA